AGCAUUCUCCAUGCGGGUAAUCCCCGAAGACUUUGCAAGGAUUAUUGAUCGAUGAUUGUUAUAAAAGCGAGUCGACGGAAUAGACCAGGCUACUUAGCGCAAUAUGCUCCGACAGAAAGCACUUUUACUGUUCACCUGCUCGCUGGCGUUCGCCGCGGCGAUACCGCCCGGAGCACCAUGGACGAACUUUAUACCCAAGCCUGUUUACUCACGAGCCCUGGGACCGAUGGGUCCAAGUGGAAUGGACACGAUAUCCGUGCCGUACAUGGCGAAGCCAUCGUUCUUCCCGAAGUUCGUCGACCCAAAGACGAUGAUCUCCAAAAAGACGGACAUGCUGAGCAACUUGUUCGGCGGCUUGGGCCCGGUCGCGUACAACGUUGCGGACUCUACUAAGCCGAUCGGCCCGUACGGCGCCGGCGGAGAACUCCCUCCCUUGAACAACGUGUUGUUCAGCAAGAAACGCGACACGCUGCAAGCCGGCAAGGAGAAGGCGCUCGACGGCAACGGCGGUGCAAUGUACAGACGCGGUAUGUUCGGCCCAUUCGCGCCGAAAUUUGGCCCGAUGGCACCGAGCUUCGGCCCGAUGGCACCGAGCUUCGGCCCGAUGACGCCGUUCUCGCCAGCCGACAUGACGGCCGAUUACACGUCCGCGGGCAAGGAUUUCUUCUCCCGCAGGAGAAGAAGUAUAGUAGAAGCUGCCGCGGGCGAAGCCGACUCGAUCCCGACCGACAAAAUGCAAGUUGCCAACCUGGGCCUGGCUGAAGGUACAGCUGGUGCGACCGACGACACGCCCAAGGAAUCUCUUCCGGGUAUGUUCGGACCUUUCGCAGGACCCUUCGCAGGACCUUUCGCAGGACCCUACGCAGGACCCUACGCAGGACCCGUCGGACCGGCGGUGGAUCCGAGCAUGAUGGCGGCGAAGAAAACGGCGUUCCUCGACACGUUGUUCAAGAACCUCGCUACCAGUACCGCCGCCCCGCCGACGAGCACCGACGUCCCCGCGCCGAAGAGCACCAUCGUGCCACCCAGCUACUGGAUGCCGUCCUCCAUAAUUCCUGAUCCGAGCGAGUAUACGUCGAAAGUAUCAGCCUUCUUGGACAAGCUGUUCGAUAGCAUUAAGCUGAACGCGACCACGAAAGCAGCGGAUGACGACAGCUCGGAAGCAAAAGGCGACGUCAUGAUGAGAUCGUUGAAAGCGGACGAUGCUGCCGCUGACAGGACCGCGAGAGCCUCCGAAGACCUGUCGGCCAUCGCGGCCGCCAAGGACGCGGUCGUGGACGCGAUUUUGUCGGAGCUCGGCGACCUGAAGAGCGACAUGAUGGCAACCUUGAACGAUCUGAUCGCGUAUGAGAAGUCUGCUGCAGCCGCAGCAGCUGCAACGAAGAAACCUUUCAAGCCUCCCUUCGCCGGCAUAUUUCCACCGAAACCGACAGUGGACGCCACGCUUCCAUUCAAGCAACGGAUGAUUGCGCUGAGUCAGGUGUUCGACAUGUUAACGGAGCUGCAGAGAAACAUCACCACGGCUACGAACAAUGCGAUGACAACGGCCAACGCCGGUGCGACGGACAACUCCGAGGAGUCGUCGCCGAAGAGCCCGUCGCCCGCCGCGGUUGGCGCUCCGUCGUUCAACGCCACUCUCUUGGACGCCGUCCUGAAGAAACUUUCCACCAUCUCCACCGUGACCCCGUCUCCGUUCCAGGCCGAGAGUGAUGUGAAGGCGAAUCCCCUCAUAACCAGCAGAGCCUUGUCCAAACCGACGUCCUUCUGGGUGUCGUAUCCGGAGAACGGUGCUUCCGCUACCGCGAAACGACAAGCGGAUGACUACUCGUCGCCGUACUUUGACGACGACCGGCACGAUCGGAGACAGUUCACGAGAGGCGUGAAGAUGCAGAUGCAUCAAGGAUACCAGAGCCUGCCAGCGGGUUCGGUGGAGUCCGUACAGGCCGGAGGAGGUUCUACGCCGGGGCAUCAAGGAGGCGGGAUCAAAUUGCUGGGACCUAACGCUUAUGGAAACUUAAACGGCAAGUGGCUUGACUGGAUGCAGUAUCACAAGAAUGCGUAUCAGGAUCAAGAGAGUCAUAGGCACCAUCAUAACCACCAUUAGGCCACUCAGCCAGCAGGACUAUUUCUCUUUCUCGUCGUAAAAAUUCUCUCCCGUGAACGGAUCUCGACGAGAAAUAUUCUUACGAAAUGCCAAUUAUUGUUCCAAACGUGUAAAAGUAAACGUGUACACGAGGGCGUGCGUUAUUACCAAUAAAGUAAACAUAUCUAGCAACAUGAAACGAAGAUGGAGA